AUGAAUGAUUGUGAGAAUGAAUUCAUGAAAAAGUUUUGCGUAUUUCUGUCAAAGCCAAGAUAUAUUAGGUUCCUCUCGCCAGAGGAUGGGCAAGAAUUUAGAGUCGUUGAAAAAAUUUGUGUUAUCCGUACAUCCUCUAGCUAUCACCUCACAAUGUUGACCAGCAAGAAUUUCACCUUAUUCGUAGAGAUUGGCCGUGUUGUCUUCAUCAACUUUGGUCCAUUCAGAAACAAGACUGCCGUCAUCCUCGAUGUCUUGGAUCAAAACAGAAUCCUUGUUCACGGUCCAUCCACCAAGGUUCCACGUCAAGUUAUUAACCUCAAGUGGGUCCAAUUGACCAAGCUCAAGGUCGAAAUCCCAAGAGGUGCCAGACUCACCAGUCUCAACAAGGCCAUCAAGGAAUCCGGAGUUGACUCCAAGAUUGCUACCCUCGCCAUCGUCAAGAAGGUCGCUGCCAACAAGGCUAAGGCUGCCUCCAACGAUUUCGAUCGUUUCAAGGCUGACAUUGCCCGUAAGGCCUACUCCAAUCAAUCAGUAUUGAUUCGUCGUCGUCUUUUUUAUCUAUUUCCAAAAUUCAUUGAUCUUCUCAUCGACGCACUCACUCUUUGUAAUAUAAAUACAUCAAAAAAGAUAAAAGUUAUAGUUGUAGUUGGUAGUAGUCUAUUACUAAAAGAGAAUAAGAUGCCAACAGCAGGUGUAAUUUCAUCUUCAUCAUCAGAUGAUCAUCAUAUGAAUGUUGAUGUUGAUGAUAUUGUUAAUAAUAAUAAUAACAAUCUAUCUGAGGAAGAUUUAGCAUAUGAAGAAGAUAUAAAAAAGAAUUCAUUAUCAAUAGCAAGUUGGUUAAGAUAUUUAGAAUACAAGAAUGAUGCGACACAAUCGAUUCGUAAUGCAAUCUAUGAGAGAGCUGUUAAAGCUUUACCUCGUAGUUAUAAACUAUGGCAUAGAUAUUUACAUGAACUUGUAGUUUGGGUACGUGGUAAAUGUAUAGUUGAUCCAAUCUAUGAUCAAAUGCCAAGAAUAUGGAUAGAAUAUUGUGAAUUUCUAAUAUUACAAUCAAAGGUUACAAAGACAAGAAGAACAUUUGAUAGAGCAUUGAGAUCAUUGCCAAUAACACAACAUGAUAGAAUAUGGGGAUUGUACAUUCCAUUUGUUAGAAAGAUUGGUAUUAGAGAAGUGAUUACAAGAGUUUAUAAACGUUGGUUCAAGAUCGAGUCGGAAGGUUUGGAGGAUUACAUAGAGUAUCUGAUGGAGAUUGGUGCAUGGGCAGAAGCAACGACACAGUUGUUGGCCAUAUUAAACAAUGAAAAGUUUGUUUCGAGAAAAGGAAAGACUCGUCAAGAGUUGUGGCAACAACUGUGCGACGUUCUAACCCAGCACCCAAGAGAUGUUGCUUGUUGUGGUGUUGAUUGCGAGGCUGUCAUUCGGUCGGGUAUCGCCACCUAUCGCACACAGGCUGGCAAGUUGUGGUGUUCGUUGGCAGACUAUUAUGUACAGUUGGCGCAGUUUGACAAGGCACGUGAUAUCUUUGAAGAGGCGAUGGAGAGUGUUGGCACAGCCAGAGACUUUUCACAGAUUUGGGAUGCCUAUACCAUGUUUGAAGAUAGUUUGUUGGCUGCUCAACAACAGAUUGUCGAAGAGAGUGCAGGUGAUGAGUCUGCAUCGGUCAUUGCGAGUGACGAGUUUGACCUUUUGGUUGCGAGGUACGAGCAUUUGAUCGAGAGACAACCAUUCCUUCUCAGCUCGGUACUUCUCCGUCAAAACCCUCACAAUGUCAACGAAUGGCAUAAACGUGUCGCACUCUACCACGGGCAACCCAAGAUGGUGGUCGAAACGUUUGCCAAGGCUGUUGCAACGGUCGAUCCGAAAUUGGCCAAGGGUCGCCCACACUCGCUGUGGAGUGCAUUUGCACGAUACUAUGAAGACCACGAUAAAUUGGAUCAAGCACGACGUAUCUUUGAUCGUGGUGUAAAGGUAGAGUACCGUACCGUCGAUGAGUUGUCAUCACUCUACUGCGACUAUGCCGAGAUGGAGAUUCGUAGUCAAAACUAUGAAAAGGCACGUCAAGUAUUAUCACGUGCCACCGUAUCACCUCGUCGUCCUCACCACAUUCCAGACAGCGAGCCCGUCCAAAAGCGACUUUGGAAAUCAUCCAAAUUGUGGACCUUUUAUGCCGAUGUCGAGGAAUCAUUUGGCACCUUUUUAUCGACCAAAUCAAUCUAUGACAAGAUGAUUCAACUUAAAAUAGUCACCCCACAAAUCAUCCUAAACUAUGCAGAAUACCUUGAAGAGAAUCGUUACUUUGAAGAUGCUUUCAAAGCCUAUGAACAAGGUAUCUCUCUUUUCCCUUUUCCAAUGGUUCAAGAUAUUUGGAUUUCCUAUCUAACUAAAUUUAUUAAUAGAUAUGGAGGAACAAAAUUAGAAAGAUCAAGAGAUUUAUUUGAACAAGUAUUGACAAAGGUACCAAUGAAACAAGCCAAGAUAUUUUAUUUAAUGUAUGCCAAUUUAGAGGAACAAUUUGGGUUGGCACGUCAUUCAAUGUCAGUUUAUGAUCGUGCUACAAGAGCCGUUGCCAAUGAAGACAAGUAUAAUAUGUAUUUGUUGUAUAUUGCUAGAACCACCGAGUUUUAUGGUUUAUCAAAGACCAGAGAGAUUUAUACACGUGCUAUAGAAUCGCUGCCCGAUGAAAAGGCUAGUGAUAUGUGUGUUAGAUUCGCAGACAUGGAAAGAAAACAUGGUGAAAUUGAUCGUGCUCGUUCCAUCUUUGUUCACGGCUCCCAAUUCUCAAAUCCCAACAAAUUACUAUCAUUCUGGCAAGCAUGGCAUUCAUUUGAAAGAGAUCAUGGUAAUGAAGAAACCGUUAGAGAAAUGAUUCGUAUUAAAAAAUCAGUCACUGGUCAAUUUAAUCAAGUUAAUUUGGCUGCCAUAGAAAUGUUAAAUAACAAACAAAAAGAAGAUGAAAAUAAUAGAAUUAAAUUAGAUAUUCAAAUGGCUCAAUUAGAUAAAUUAAAUAAUAAUGGAAACAAUAAUAAUAAUAAUAAUAAUAAUAAUAAUAAUAAUGGUAAUAAUGGUAAUAAUAAUGGUAAUAAUAAUAUUCAAAAGGUUGAUAAUCAAGAUGAAAUCGAUAUUGAUGAUGAAGAUGAAGAAGAUGAAGAAGAUGAAGAAAAGGGAACAAUGCAAAUUGAAGAAAAACAAUUACCUUCAUCUUUAUUUACUUCAAAUACUAAAAAAUAA